GAGUGAUACAGCUGCGUUCUGUCUGAAAGGUUUCCCUUAAUCUAAUAGCCGAGGCCCUUAUAUGAACCUCAGGGCCCCUAAAUGUAACAUGAGAGCUGCUUGCUCCACAAAUGUAACAUCUGACUCCCAAGCUUCAUAUCGCAAAGCCAUCCCCUAGUCUUUUCUGUGACCCCCUGCCCACAUCUUCCAUCUGUACUCCGUUCCUGCACGCCAUACACGGGCUAGUAAUAUCGUACAAUAAUCUGCUGAGUGAGAGCGGGCAUUACUAGUGAAGCUUAUGGGCGACAGAGAGAAUGUAUCAUACGGAUCCCGGCCGAUCCUAGCCCAGAAGAUGAACCUUCUACUCCGAGGGUUUCUCCUCUUCCUCAUUGGGGUCUUCCUGGCUUUGGUGUUGAACUUGCUGCAGGUGCAGAGGAAUGUCACCCUAUUUCCCCCAGAUGUGCUUUCCAGUCUCUUCUCUUCGGCUUGGUGGGUGCCACUGUGUUGUGGCACGGCUGCGGCGGCUAUUGGACUCCUGUACCCCUGCAUCGACAGGCACCUUGGCGAGCCACACAAGUUUAAGAGGGAGUGGUCAAGUGUCAUGCGUUGUGUGGCAGUGUUUGUAGGCAUAAAUCAUGCCAGCGCAAAAGUGGACUUUGCCAACAACAUGCAGCUCUCGCUCACCCUGGCUGCUCUUUCGAUUGGCCUGUGGUGGACAUUUGACCGGUCUCGGAGUGGCCUAGGGCUUGGAAUUGGAAUUUCCUUUUUUGCUACGCUCGUCUCUCAGCUUCUGGUGUAUAAUGGAGUGUAUGAAUACACUGCUCCAGAUUUCCUUUAUGUGCGUUCUUGGCUUCCAUGCAUAUUCUUUGCUGGGGGAAUUACUAUGGGAAAUAUUGGUCGACAGCUGGAAAUGUACGAGCGAAAGGCCCUUGUAGAGAAAUCACACCGGGAUUGAUGCCAGGUGGCACAAGCAAGACACUGGGACAAUAAGUUUGUGGGCAGAAGCUUGCUUUUGUUGCUCCUCUGGUUAACAGAGAGCUGGAGAAGCGAUCACUGGGGUUCGUUUGGUCUCUGUGACUCUGAAUUCCUUUGGAUGAAAUGUGAUUUCUUCAGUUCAAGUGAUAAUGUUUAUUUAAUUGUAAUUGCCCAGUGGGUGGAUGUUGGACAUGAAUACAUCAACCUUUCCAGGGCUUUAAUGUGUACAGCCACGAAAGCUGCUGGGAUUGUGAAUGUCCAGCACAGAAGCAGACUGUGUGCAGGGACCUAUUCUUUAUAGUGCCAGAUCCAGGCUAGGGAGGAUUUUUGGACAUAGAUUAUUCAGGGGCAGGUGGGCACACCAUGCUGGUGGGAUAUUGGUGAGUACAAGUAACAUUCAGAGCAACAGAUAUAGACACCACAUAAAGUCCGGUUGCCUUUUGAAAAACAUACUAUUUAAACAUUGGGCACCCUAUUUUGAUAUAGCUGCCAGUCAUGCAGGGCACACUGUGGGUACUGUUGCCAUUCAGACAGUGCACACUGUGUGGGUAAACAGGAGAGUCAGGCAGGGCAUGUUGAGUUGGUACAGAUGACAAGCAGGGUACUAUGUGGAUACAGGUGCCAGUCAGGCAGAGCACAUUAUAGCUUUAGCUGCCUGUCAGAUGGGGCACACUGUGUGGAUGCAGGUGCUGGUCAGACGGGUCACAUUGUAUGGGUAUAGGUACCAAUCUGAGCACCUCUCUUAUGUAAAUGUAAGAUUUGUGAUUGAUUCUUUGGCUGGUCAAGUGAAAUACAAGGAGGAAGCAAAUGUUCCAGACUCCCCCCCCCAUCAUUCUACACAGAGCAAUAAAUCUGCUUCAUUUUGGGAACAA